UUAUGUUUCCGGCAGACGACAUAUUCGACUGCCACCGCACCGUAGCACACGCCAUCGCCAGCACCUUAAAGGAUGGCGGAAAACGUAACGGUAACAUCGCAUUAUAGUGGGAGGAAUAGAAAAACAAGUGACAAAGAAGUGUACCAUGAAAUUGAUGGCUGUUUCGUUUGCACUGGAUUCGUCGAAGAAUUCGUCCGUGAAGCGCUUAGAUAUAAGCCACGUCCGGACGAUAUUUUCAUUGCAAGCUAUCCCAAGUGCGGGACGACAUGGAUGCAACACAUAGUGUACAAUAUCCUGAACAACCGGCCGCCACCGAGGGGCCUGCUCGAACGGACAACCGCCAUGCCAUUCUUGGAGCUGCAGGGCGCUGAAUCUGCGGUAGCGAUGCCGAGACCAGGAGCCAUUAAAACCCACCUGCCGUUUCAUUUGCACCCCUAUUCAAAGGAGGCCAAGUACAUCUAUAUAACCAGAAAUCCGUACGACUGCUGCGUUUCCUUCUACUACCACACCAAAGGCGAUCCUGACAGCCACUUCGGAAAUGGCACUUUUGACGAGUUCUUGGACCUGUUCCUCGAAGGUCAAGUGGACUUUGGGGACUACUUUGAGCACGUUAUGUCCUGGUACGAGCGGAGGUUCGACGACAACGUCCUCUUCGUGGCCUACGAGGAUCUCAAGAGGGACACAGCAGAAUGGAUCAUUAGGAUUGCAGAAUUCAUCGGGAAAAAGUAUGGCUGCGAACUAAGGCAGAACAAGACCGCGCUUGAGCGCGUUAUAAACAACACAAGCGUACAACAUAUGCAAAGCGGUGAGAACGAAGCUUACAGGAAGCGGAAAGAGGAUAUGAAGUACAUCAGCGAAGAUAAGAAGCCGCGCUGGAUGAAGGUCACUGAAGAAAGACUGGGCGAAGCAAUCAAGAAACCCAUAACCGGAGACCUUGUACGCAAGGGAGCCGUGGGUGAUUGGCGGAAUCACUUCACCCCAGAGCAAGUGAUUCGCAUGAAGCGCACGAUUGCUGUGAAAACAGCUGGAAGUGAUGUUAUGCGUUUGUGGGACGAUAUUGGUCUUCCUUAAAAUAACAAACGGCACAAGAGUUUAGCUCGAGGGCGAAGCAACUUCACAGCGUGGAAUAAAAAGGACGAUGACAGUAAUAAAAAAACGG